CACAUGUGACAUAUAAUGACAGUGACAACAAUAACAAUUAUUUCUUUGCUGACUUUGACAGUCGAGUGUCAAGGAAUCACCACAACAUGCCACGUGAAAUUAAAGACAUCAAGGAUUUUCUCCUGAAGGCGAGAAGGAAAGAUGCUAAAUCUGUGAAAAUAAAGAAGAACCCUGAGAAUGUAAAAUUCAAGGUGCGCUGCUCACGCUUCCUCUACACACUGGUCAUCACAGACAAGGAGAAGGCGGAGAAACUCAAGCAGAGCCUACCACCAGGUCUACAAGUUAAGGAGGUUAAGUGAUGACUUUGUAUAGGAUUAAGUUAAUAAAAAUGUAAAACACC